AAAUCUCCAUAUAAUUUACUUUUGGAAAUAUUUUGAGGGGAAUUACAAAUAUAUGCCUGCGUAAUAUCUAAGUCAAAAAUGAAUGGAAAAAAGUCAAUGAAAUUCAUGGGAGUCAAAGUGUAUUGUCUUGAUUCAUCAAAUCCAGAACACGUUCACAGUUCCCCCCCUGUAGUUUGGUAUGACACAGGCGUUCCAGGCUUUGCAGAGAUCCAGCACGACCGAGCGACGCCAGCAGCGACACGACAGGCGCAGAAAUCAUGGACGCUCCGCACCACACCGCCCCUCUCUGAGCUCUUCACUGUCCUCACGCCCGUGGUGCUGAAAUCCGCCUCGACCCGACAGCAAUGUAACGGCAAUGAGACAAAGACACCGGCAGCCCAACGAACAGACCGAUAAUGGACGAUGAUUUGUUUCAGUUAAGACAGCUCCCAGUGGUGAAAUUUCGACGUACAGGUGAAAGUACUCGCUCAGAGGAUGAGUGCGGCGGCAGGGAAGAGGUUUUGCACGUGGAGGGAGGACGGACGGAUAUGGAGUCUGUUUCCCUGGCCGAUGGUGCUCCGGUCCCUCGGGAAUUUGCCAACCCCACUGAUGAUACCUUCAUGGUGGAGGAUGCAGUGGAAGCUAUUGGCUUUGGGACAUUUCAGUGGAAACUGUCCAUCCUGACUGGACUUUCAUGGAUGGCCGACGCCAUGGAGAUGAUGAUUCUUAGUAUAUUGGCCCCUCAACUGCACUGUGAGUGGGCACUGCCCAGCUGGGAGGUGGCACUGCUAACUUCGGUAGUAUUCAUUGGAAUGAUGAUCAGUUCUUCAUUAUGGGGAAACAUAUCUGAUAAAUAUGGGAGAAAAACAGGUUUGAAGAUGAGUGCAUUAUGGACCCUGUUUUAUGGCCUACUCAGUGCAUUUGCACCUAUAUAUGGAUGGAUCCUGUUCCUCAGAGCUCUGGUGGGCUUCGGGAUUGGAGGGGCUCCACAAUCAGUAACAUUGUAUGCUGAGUUUCUCCCAAUGCGGUCCAGAGCCACUUGCAUUCUGUUGAUAGAGAUAUUCUGGGCUUUGGGUACAGUAUUUGAAGUGCUGCUGGCUAUUUUGGUGAUGCCAACUUUGGGCUGGCGCUGGCUGCUGGCCCUCUCCACCAUUCCACUCUUCAUUUUUGCUUUUCUUUGCUUUUGGCUGCCGGAGAGUGCUCGUUACGACGUCCUGACGGGAAAUCAGGAGAAGGCUUUAAACACACUCAAACGCAUUGCCGCAGAGAAUAAUGUCCCCAUGCCUCUGGGAAAACUCAUAGUGGCCAGACAGGAGGACAGGGGAAAAAUCCAAGAUCUUUUCUCUCCACACUUCCGUUGGACCACUAUUCUGCUCUGGUUCAUAUGGUUCUCUAAUGCAUUCUCAUAUUAUGGUGUGGUUUUGCUGACCACUGAGCUUUUCCAGGAGGGAGGCGCCUGUGGUGAGGCGAAGGGCAGUAAAAUGGAGCCAGGUUGCAGUUUGGAGUGCAAAUAUCUGAAUUCAGAUGAUUACAAAGAUCUUCUGUGGACCACACUUUCUGAGUUCCCAGGCCUGCUGGUGACCCUGUGGGCAAUUGAUCGAUUAGGAAGGAGGAAGACUAUGGCACUGUGUUUCUUUGUCUUCUCCCUCUGCAUUGUGCCGCUCUAUGCCUGUGUGGGAAGGACUUCUUUGACAGUAUUUAUAUUCAUUGCGAGGGCUUUCAUCGCUGGAGGUUUCCAGGCUGCAUAUGUGUACACCCCUGAGGUGUAUCCUACAGCAACGAGGGCACUGGGUUUGGGCACCAGUAGUGGGAUGGCUCGGGUUGGAGCUCUCAUCACACCAUUUGUGGCACAGGUGAUGCUGGAGUCUUCUGUGUACCUGACUCUGUCAGUAUACUGUUGCUGCUGUUUGCUGGCUGCUAUUGCUUCCUGUGCCCUGCCAAUAGAGACCACAGGACGAGGCCUGCAGGAGUCUAGUCACAGAGAGUGGGGUCAGGAGAUGAUGGGACGGGCCUCAGACCACAGCCCUGGAGGGAUUCCACAUUCCAGCUCUGGAUCACAGGACUAAAACACCACAUGUAGGUUUGGAGAGACUUUAUAGAAGAAACUGUUCUUAGAUGGAAGUGGGGAAUCUUUUCUGUAAAAAAAAGCAAUGUGUGUCCACAAAGAAAUAGCAGAUUUAAUUAUUUUAAGAACUCUUGGUUUAGAUUUAAAUCAGUCCAUUAUGACACAUUCCACCACUAAAGGUUGCAAGGUUUCUUUUUAUGAACCUCUGUACUAGAGAAUUGGAGUGGAAUAGAUUCCCAUCACAUAAUACUCCACUUCUGCCGCAUUCCUAAGAACAGGGAAUGGGUUGAAAAUGGAUCUAAAAUAUUUAGAUCCAUGAAAAUAUGGAUCUAAAAUAUGACAAAUUGCAUUAUGCAGUUUAACACAUGAAAAUCACUCUCAUAUGUUCAAAGGAUCUAAAGGGCAUUUGAACAAUGAAAGAUUUGAACCUGUUUUGAAGCUAAAAGAUAGCACAAGAGUAUGUGUGUUUUGACAGGGAAUAGAAAGAGAAUUUGUUUUGUUUUAUUUAUUUAUUUAUUUAUUUAUUUAUUUUAAGAGGGCCUUAUACUUCACUCCCAGCAUUCCUUUGGGAAAGUCAUGACACUGACUUUUAUCUGUUUAUUGAAGCAAAGACAGGAUGCUGCUAUAAAUCAGACAUUGCACCAGUUUGUGGUCUGUUAUCUUGCUUUUGAACCAUUUACCACACUUUAAUCUGGUUAAAUGUUAUCCAUUCAUAGUUUUAGACCAUCACUGACACCAGUGGCGUAUCUAGUGGACACCAAAGUCUUCAUUUCGCACCACUCAGCACUUGAGAGCACUUCUCUUCGUCCUCUCACUGGCUGCCAACUGCAAUCACUCAUGUAAAGUGUAUAAACUCCAGUUGAUCCCUUAUAAUCAGGCAUAUCAAAGGUUAUUGGAUUCUUAUUAUCUUAAAAUACAGCUCAAUAACAAUAAAACAAUAGCAAGUGGCUUUCAUCAGAACAGGUCUGUAGGUCAAAUAUAUUUUAUUAUUGUCUGUUCUAGCACAUCAUUCCGAGCACAUUUUUCAAUCAAUGGCUUGCAUCAAAACACACAACUUGAACAUUUAGCAACAAUCUUUGUUUUUUCAGCUCGACUGCUCAAUGCUUUAUUCGGUUAUUUGUAUUUCUGCCUUUUCAACCGUACAGUGGGUAUGUGUGUGGCAUGAUGGGAAGUGUGCAGUUGUUCCUGUGAGUGCAGAGAGUUGCCUGCCUUUUGCGAUUUAGUGCCGCGUUUUGUGUCUGUGUGCACAGAUCUCUUGCCACUGCACUGGAUGUACAUGUAUGAUAACAAUAAACUAUGCUUAAAAAAAAAAAAGAAA